AUGGUAGGUUACCAUACUUCCAUAACUUUGGAAAGUGCAGAACAAAUUGCCUUCCAAUAUAUAGGAAAUGUGCCAGCACGAAUCUAUAAUAAAAUAGUUUUCUUCUCUUUAGCAGAUUUACCAUUUUUUGAUGUACGUCUUGAUAAAUUGCCCGAAAAAUGCUACAAAAUAAAUCUGCCGCAUGAUUGUGCCACAGCCACAGAGUGCACCAAACGCAGUGGCAUUUAUGUAAUUCAAUUGAAAGAAUAUAGUAAUGAUCCUUUUCAUGUGGCCUGUGAUGAUGAAACCGAUAAUGGUGAUUGGUUGCUAAUACAAAGACGUCAAGAUGGUUCCGAGGACUUCUAUAGAGGUUGGGACGACUAUGAAAAUGGUUUCGGUGAUAUUGAGGGAGAGUUCUUUAUUGGUUUGAAAAAAUUACACGCUCUAACCACGAACAAUGGUCCACAGGAAUUAUUGAUUGUAAUGGAAGGUGUUAAUGAUACUAAAGCUUAUGCAAAAUACGACUCCUUUGCCAUAGGCAAUGAAACGGAAGCGUAUAAUUUAAAAAGAAUUGGAAGAUAUUCGGGAACAGCUGGGAAUUCGCUUAGUAGACAUAUUGGCAUGAAAUUUACAACCAAAGAUCGUGAUAAUGAUACGUAUCCAAAUGGUAAUUGCGCUGUAGCGUAUGAGGGUGCCUGGUGGUAUUGUUAUUGUCAUGAUAGUAAUCUCAAUGGUAAAUAUGGCGAUAAUUCAUUUGGUAAGGGCGUCGAUUGGAAAGCAUUUCGUGGUGAUUAUGAAUCCCUUGUUUAUGUUAAAAUGAUGAUACGACGCAGUCGAAUUAUAUAA